GCAGGAAGAGCCGGGCUGGCAGCCGGGGCGGUGGCCGGGCAGGGCGCGCCGGGAGCCGGGGGCGCGGUCUAGGGGCUCUCUGCGGCCAUGGUGAACCUGGGGCUGUCGCGGGUGGACGACACCGUGGCUGCGAAACACCCGGGGCUGCAGGAAUACGCUCUGUGCCAGUCCCACGCGUUCAUGAAGGGCAUCGGGACCUUUAUCACAGGCAUCGGAGCAGCUUUCGUUCUGCAGAAGCUGAUAAACAAGAAGCUGCCUUACCCCCUGCAGUGGAACGUGCUGCUGUCUGUGGUUGCAGGUUCAGUCGCCAGCUACGCCGUGACCAGGAUAGAGACCCGGAAGUGUUCCAACCUCUGGAUCUACCUGGAGACAGGGCAGUCCCCGCAGGGAGUAGCCAAAGAAAAGCUCCACAGUCCAGAUCCCACAGAGAAUGCAGAAACGAGGAUGAGGAGAAACAAAUACGGAGACGACAUGGAAUAGCUGGGGGAGCCUGGAGCUCCGUCCCGACUCCUUUACGACUUGUACUGCGUGUGACCGGGGCUAGAGCUGCAUUGCGACGCCUGGGGAGCGAGGAACGUCCCCUCCACUGCCGAUUCAUGAGGCUCGGGGAAGUGCAGGGAAGGAUUUAGGGUGGGGUGGAGGUGGGGUGUGCAAAGCCCAGACGGACUUUGUGUGAGCAGCAAAGGUUGGAAAAUUAAUACAAAUAUAUAGCUAAAAAUGGACAUUUUGGACAAAGUGAAGUUUAGGGGUGGUCGAAGAGGGGGAGGUAUGGGGGUACAGAGAAGGGGGAGGUAUGGGGGUAGCAUGUGAAAUCACUGUGGGGGGGGGGCGGCGGCAGCUACUGCAGGGGAAAGGCUGAUGUAAAUGCCCAGGGAGGGAGGUAUCCCCCAGAGUGGGCUGGAGGAUCCCAGUCCCGCUGCUGGGCCUGUCCCUGCCCUGGGGUGUCUGUUCUGCCCUCAGUGCUCACGUGAAACGUCCAGUAGCAUCAAUAGCCUGAACCCUCACUCACUAGGAGAGAGGACACCCCCAUCUUUACUGCUGCACUAGCGGGAGUUCUGGGUCCAUAUCAGGCCAUCUGACCCCCGCCCUGAGCCCUGCAUCGAUAUUACCCAAGAACUACGUGGAGAGAAUAGUCAGGUUGCAAAGUCAAGUGCUUGGAAGUUUGGAAACGCCUGAACUAAGGUUGUCUGUGUAAAUGAAUUAGUAAUUUCAUCUUCAGAGCAGGGUCUGAAUAGCGUGCAGGGAAGAGGCCUAGGGCCACUGCAUAGCGAGGAGAAGGCUGGCUGUUCCUGAAGUGAGCCCCGGCACCGAAGGAGGCAGGGGUCCUGUGGAAACCGUAGCAUGAGAGCAGGUGAUUAAAGACGGUCUCGGGGGGCGGGGGGGAUUCGGGUUGAACAGGCGACUGUAACUUUGGCGUGCUUUGCAACCUUAGUAAUGGUCUGUUAACUCCUGGGCUCUGUUCUUGCGUCGUAGUCACUGUUCUCAUUAUCCCAGGCUAGGUGCUUUAUGCUGGGGCUAGCCCUUCCGAUUGUCAUGGUCUUCCUGCCCUCAGGGGAAGGACAGCCAGUCAGGGACACCACCUGCGACCGGGCCAGCUCUCCUUUGCCCCACAGGAGAGUUCACAGAGGGGAGGGUGUCUGGCCGAUAUCAUUUUCACAAGAGAGGAGGAAGGACCCUUGCAGCUCUGGGCCCACACUGCUCCUUCCUCCCCUGUCCUGAAGUGAAAAGUGUGGGUCUGCUCUUCCUCCCCUGCCUUCUAGACCCACCCAGUUUACACAGGGGGUGAAUGGCAAGGAACCUGGGCUGCUGGGCUCUCUUGGCUGCUCCUUUCCCUCUGGCUGUUGGUCCAACCUCCAGGCUCUCUUUCUUGGAAACCCAGACCAGGGAGGGGGAAAGAAGAAGGCUUGUGAGAGCACCGGACCACUGGAAAUACGGCACAGUAGCAUUGCUCUGCCAUGCGUACCAGAACCCCAUCAGUGCGUCUUAGACCUGCCACCCCCGUCCCGCGGCUACACCCUGUGCCCAGCUCUGUCAGCGCCCCUGCAGCCUGCACCUACCGCUUCGAUGCCUGCAUAAGAUGUGCAGGUGGACUCCAGGAACAAGGGCGGGUAGAGGGAUAUAGCAGCAACAUGCCACGCCAAGAGCCCGGCACCUGGUGUUAGAACCGGGGGCUCCAGAAUUGAGCCCCUGGAUUAGACAAGUAAAGGGGCUCCAUGAUCUGCAUUCCCCAGUGCAGGCAGAGCGACACUUUAGAAACGCUAGCCCCCACCCCUUGGGAGGAGCCUCAUGCCUGGAGGGAACGUGGAGCAUAGCCAGACCUCACCUAAGGGCUUCUUUGCAGGGAAAACUGCCCUGUGGAACUCAAAGUGGCUCAGAACAAUCUUGAUAAACUAGUUUCCACACAGUGGUUGGUGCAAUCCCAGUUUUACAGCCCAAAAGCAAUGGUAAGAACACCUGCCAUCCCCCCAACGCCCCCUUCCGUCCAGGCAUGGUGCUGUGGCUGUGCCCUGCCUACAUUUCCCACUUCGGGCUGUCAAUAGGCUCAGCAGGAGUUUUAUUCAUUGAGCAGCGCCCCCUUCUGCGGGUCUGAUUUGUUAACGGAAAUCCAAGAGCCCAGAGUUCAUAGCAGGGCAGCAGACUCCAGCAGAGUCUGUCAGUUCCUCAUCCAAGCCCUUUACCUGCCAGGCAAUCUUGACGUGGAUUCCUUCCCUGGAGCCAGGGCCUGCCGGCUGACUGCACCUCUCCUCCCAGCAGCACCCAGGCUGUGUCUCCUGCAGCUGGCAGCGAGAUCUCUUCCCCACGUUCCUUUCCCUGGGAGCUCCUCUCUAACUGACCUUUGGUGGUAGUUUGUCAGGUACAGGGGCUCAUUAGCCAGCAAGCCACCUAGGCAGUUACUUACUUACAGGUGGGCUGAGCAGGGCCCUGACUUCCCUUAAAGAGGCCAGCCACCCUGUGACGACCAUGCUGAAAGAACAUGAAAGUUGCAAGUCAAGCACUCAAAAAAGUUGGGGAAUGCCAGAAUUAAGGUUUGCCAUGCAACCUUACAUCUCUCCCUUUUGUGCGCACCUUGUGCUAAAGGUGUUAAUCACAUGCUGUUUUAUCCCCACAGGACCCCAGCCUCAUUCAGUGCACAGAAUCUGCUGGAAAAUAAUCAGGGUUGUGUAGGGAGGAGGCUAGUGUCUGUGAGACCCCUGCUGCAUUUGUUGCAGAGGCUGGAAGGUGUUUAGUGAAUACGGUCAGGAUCUGCCGGAAGAUGCAGGACGGGCUCUGUCCUGGAGCUCUGGCUUCUAGUCAAGCCUGUGCCACAGAGCUCCUGUAUGAUGUUGGGCAAGUCACUUAAACCAACAUUUUCUGAGAUGGCUACUGUGCGGUACCCAGUGUGAGACCAGGGGGAGAGGGGUCUUAUUUGCAGAAGGGCUGAGCCGUCCCAGCUGCCAGUGAAGUCAGCGGAAGUGAUGGUUUGCCCAUGUAAAGUGCUUUAAUCUCUGUGUUAGUUCCCCAGGUGUAAAAGGAGGCUAAGGCUUCCCUCCCCCCACAGGGGGGUUGUAAAGCAAAAUUAAUCAUGCUGUGUGACGAGCUCUAGAACUAUGAGGAGAGCAGCAUAGACAGCCCUGAGGAAACUAACAAUCCUGCGUGCCGUGCCGGGUUCGAAUGGUGUGCAGUAAAUAAGGCCUGGGGCUACACCGUGACCAAUGAGGGUAAACAGCAGUACUGACUAGCAGCCCAUUCAGCCAGCGCCGCCUGUCCUGGGCCCUGAAUGAGGCACGGCCCCGUAGAACACAGGCUAGGUGAUCGGUUCAUUAACACAUAGGGCCGAGGGCUAAAGAAAGGCUGUGCCAGCACCCUGGGUACAGCAUUUUUUGACUUCACAAGCUUAACAAAAGUUUAACUGAUUGGUUUGGAUUGUAAGUAUCAGCAUUCAGCUUGCGGGCAGGUUGGCCCCGUCAUGCGAGGCGCUGUGUUCCAGGGACUGGAGUUCCUGCCUCUCGAUUCACAGCCUGUUAAUUUCACCCCCUUUCGCGUCGUGAUGGGUGCUUGGUUCCUGCUGUGACCUCCUCUCUGGAGCUCACGCAGACCCUUUGCCCCCGUGUUCCUGGCUCCCCCCAGGAAGAAGCCUCGAAGGACUGGGGAGAGAUGCAGGGCUCACAAUUCCUCCCCCACUGGGCAUGGUCAUAGUUUCCCCAAUUCACAGCAGUCUGGGUCUGACCCUCCCUCCUCAGGGCACUGAGGGGGCCAUUUCCCAGCAGGGCUGUAUCUGUGGUUGCCCCACCAGGCCUCCCCACUGCAUUUUGUGCCUGUUAUUUUUCACAAGGCUGCUCUUGCCUUCUCUCCGCUCCUUGGUGCCAUGCUCACUGCUGCGCCGAUAUCGGCCUCCUGCUCCAGCCAGGCUCUGCCCUCCUCUUACAGCCUCUGUUCAGCAACACUCCAGCCCUAAGGUCUAGUGCACCUCAGUGGCAGGACUCCCGGGUUCUGGUCCCAGCCCUGCCACUAAUGCAUCUCACGAGCUGGGCUAAAUCACUCACCCUGUCUGGGCCCUACUUUAUCACCCACUCGAGAGAAAAGACAGCUCACUGCUGAAUCACUCCAGAUUCAUUUUGACCCAAAUGAGAGCCAAAUAUCGUCUCCCCUUUCCAGACCUCAGGAGACUAAACUCUUAUGUGCCCCAGGCGGAGAGGACCGAGGCCCCUGCAAUAACAGGAAACUGAUUCAGGUGAUGAUGCCCACAGAUUCCUUGCUCCACACUGCAGAGGAAGGAAAAACACUACCCAGGUUCCUGCCAAUCUGAUCUGGUGGAAAAUUCCUUCCCGACCCCAAAUCUGGCCAUUAGUGUAACCCUGCGCAUGGGGGCAAGCAGCCAGCCAAGCCUCUUGGAGUAGAGGAGUCACUGUACCACCGCAGAGGGGUGGUUAUCUCAGCUGUUUGUGAAAAAUCCCCAGCAUGCAUCUGACCAAUUGUGCAUGGGGAGCAGUGGGGGAGAAAUUCCUUCCUGAGCCCUGAAGGCGGCUGGUUGAAGUCCUGAAGCAUGAGCUUGGGUUAAAUUCAUUGUCUUAAUGCCGAGCUGCAAGUGUUCCGAGCAUGGCGAGGGCAAUGCAGAACUUCCUGUUCUCUCCAUGCCCUAGAAGGGAGGGUCCAAUGCCCAAGGCCCACUCUGCCAGCUGGGCAGCCGCUUAGCUCUUCACAACCUCCUCCCCUGGAGCUACAACGCCCUUUGUACUCCCAUGGCAGGGGCAUCAGCCACCUCCAUCCAUUUGCCCACUCUGUACCCCCUGGCUCAGAGCUCCUUUCCCUGGCCCUGACACACACGUCUGCUGUGGGCUGUCUAGGCGUUUGGUACCUUUAUGAUGGCCCAUCUGUAACCCAUGAAGACAAUUUGCCCCCGUCCUCUUAACUAACAGUGAAGUACUUACCUGCCCCUCAUUGGCUCAGUAGGGCUUUCCAGAAGGAAGAGGGUCUCUUGACAACUUUCUGGUCGACACUCGUUUGCAGGCGGCCCAGGUUUUUAAAAAACCCAAACCAGACACACAACAUUAUAACAUUUCCAUCUUGUUUUAAUAAAAGUUUCAUGAGCAGAAGAGAGGCAAACUGAUGGAGUCAGUAAGGGGCAAGUAAUCACCCAACGUUGGCUACCAUGGGUCAGGUAGAAGCCUCCUGUUCUCCACUUCUCUUUGCACGGCCAGCCCCGCUAUGUGGGUUUGUGCUGCAGAAUGGGGUUGUCUACAAAGGAGGAGUAAAGACACCCACAGCGUCAUCCCCUCCUUUGUAAAAGUAAUCUAGAGGAGUGAGCUGGACCAAGUCUAAAACCUGUCCAAGGGACACGGCCAGACUGUCUGAAGAGCAGAGUCAAAGCUGGCCCUGUUUGUGAGGGGACAGUCAUGGAUGGGGACUUGCCAUCUCAGCCCCUGGCCAGAGCCCCUGAGGAAAAUGACGAGGUUUGUUAAACACCCACUGUCAGUAAAAACAGGGUGUCCCUAGCAGGUAUCCCAUUGGGUCUGAAC